AAAAAUUCAGUGUGAAUCAGAUUGUAUUUCAUUCCCUAUGCUAAUCAUCAAUUUGUAUUGUUACAGAGGAAAUGUUUACAUAAGUAAAUAAUAUAACCGAUUACAUGAAUAAAUCUGCUUCCAUUAUUUAAAAAAACUUAUGCUUACAUAACACAAUUACAUAGAUUAUUGAAAUGACAGAGGUUAUGAUUAAAAAUCCCACUGUAAAGUUUCAUAAACUUAACUACAUUAUAAUAUUAUUACUUGCUGUUAGCAUUAUCUUACCUGCAGUCUUUAGUGAUCAAGGUGUUAAUUGGGAUAUAACUUAUCUAUUAAAUCGUCGUUAUGAUAUAGCACGUGCUGAUGAAGAAUUCCCUAUCAAAAUUCAACCACCUUCAGGGGAUCUUUUAUAUAGUGUACCAGCAUUACGUUUAUUUCCACAAUCAAAAUUACCAAAUGAAACAUUUUUUAUUCAUUUAAUAUUCAAACCAAAUAAAACAGCUAUUCAACAUGGAUUAUAUUUAUUCAGUAUACGUGAUCCAGAUAAUGUGUUAAGACUUGGAUUAAAAAUAGUUGAAUACACUACCUAUCAGAUAAUUUUUACGUAUAAUCCACUAUCAUUUGAUGGUAAUUCAAAAGAAGUGGAAUUCUCCAUUCCAUGGAAUGAUGAUUAUUGGCAUUUGGGAAUAUUAAUUAAACCAGAUAAAAUUGACUUCUAUACAUCGUGUGAAGAAACUCAAAGGAUCGCUUAUCAUUUCUAUCCAAUUCAAGGUUUACUAGGUGAACCAUUAUUUCGCAAAGGUGCAACAUUUUAUGCACUUAAUAGUGGCCUAAAGAAUGCAUCUGAAUAUUUUGAGGGUUAUUUAAAAGCUUUCAGUUUUCAUUCAGAUGAAAAUGCUCUCCGAUAUAUGUGUACCAAAUCGGAAAAUUAUGAAGGGAGUGGUGAUGCAGAUCGUUUUAAUUAUGAUCCCGAAUUCGGAAACAUAUUAAUUACUAGCUCAAUACAAGACGAUGAAGAGAAGGAGAUUACAAUAGACAAUGAAGAUUAUGAAAGUAGAAAACAAGAAAAUAAAAAAGAAAUUACAACAGAAACUGACAACAAAGAAAUGGCAACGACCGAGAAAACUGACAUAAAACUGAGAACGGAAUAUAAAUAUAGAUAUAUAAUGAAAGAUCCAGGAACACGAGGUCUAGUCGACAUACAUGAUAUGAAGGAAAAUAUAGUUAUAAACGGAGCUAUGAAACUAACAGAUGAAUUAGCCAUACUACCAAAUGGAGAUAUUGUGGCAACGAGGCCGCUCAUUGAAAACCAACGUUUCAUCAUAGCGGAAAACAUAAGUCAAAUAGGUGACAAAAAGGUUUAUGAAACUCACAACGGAGAAAUGAUAGAAGGGGCGGAAGUAGAUGACCAAGGAGUAAUAUAUUUACCGAAUUCAACACUUGCUAUAUUAGUUUCACUCGACAAGGAUCGAUAUAUAGUACUGAAAAAUAAUGAAACAGCGAGAGAAUCAAUACUUGAUCGUCGCCUCGGAACAGAACUAGUAAAUGCCACGCUCCACCAUAAUGGAAUGAUCAAAUUAGCUACUGGACAGCUCGUAGCUCCCUCCUCUCCGGAAGGCUCUAAAUACAUGGUAGUCACAGAUGAAGACGACCAAACCCUUCUAGUUUACGAUCGUUUUACAGGAGAACAGAUCAAGGGUGCACAGGUUGAUCCCGAUGGUUUGAUUCAGUUCGAAGAUGGACGCAUGGCCAUCGAGCCAUCGUCUAAACUAGAUAGAUAUGUUAUAAUGACGGACCCAAACAACGGUGAAAAACUAGUUUUCGACAGACGGACAGGUAGUCAUAUCAAGGAUGCUGUGUACAGUGAAGAUGGGUUGAUCCGCUUUCCAGACGGUAGGCGCGUUGCACCAGGUUCCAAUGAUAACAGUUCACAGUAUCUAAUUCACUUCGACUCUACAACGAAGGAGAACUUGGUUUUUGACAGACAUACUGGUGAGCAAGUUGUGGGUGCCUAUGUAGAUGAAUUGAAUAUGAUACAUCUCCCUGACGGAGAUUUAUUUCUUCAACCUGAUGUUUUAUAUCCUCGCUACAUGUCACUUUCUCGCAGUGGUGAUAAUAAUGCUGUGGUUUUGGAUUCUUCCACAGGCGAAAUUUUGAACGUUUCAUUUUUAGGUGGUUCUCUUUUCCGUGUAAAUGGUGGUGGAGUAAUCGCAGUCGGCAACUUAUCAAGUGGUCGUUUCGUUGUUUAUGAUGGUGUUGAUGUUGACGUUCCACGUAUUUACGACACGUUGCUGGGUCACGCUGUACCAGGAGCUGUUCUACGGCCUGAUGGUUGGAUUGAGUUUACGGAUGGCCUAGUCUUCCCUGUGCUUUCUUCUGUUCCUGUCGGUCAGCGCUAUUUUGUUUUUCGCAAUGCAUCCUCAGGGCAGGAAGUUGUUUAUGACGCUAUAUUAGGUGCAGCUGUUUCGGAUUCAUUUGUUGACGAAAACGGUCUCAUUCAUUUAACAAACGGAUCAAUUUUUAGUCCAAUCACUUAUAAUCACACUUCUUUUUUGUUUGACGAUCUUUCGGAACCUGCUUAUGCAUCAACACUUCGUGAACGUAAAAAUGCUUCUCUAUAUCGAAUUGUCUCAUUGAAUUCGACUACUAAAAUGCAACCUGAAGAAAUGGAUUUAAUUUCUCCUGAUAAAAUCGAAAAAAUAACGAACGCCAGCUCAUGUGAAUGUAUCGAAGAUUUAUUCCGACGAGGUCUUUUGAGAUUGAAAGGAGAAAAGGGAGAUCGUGGUGAUGCAGGACCUAUGGGACCUGAAGGACCCCCUGGAACCUGUCCUGCAACUUGUGGAUCGAAUCUAUCGACUGUCAUACAAGGACCUAAAGGUGAUCCCGGUCCUCCUGGAGUUUGUACCAUUGAUCAAUGCAAAGAAGCUGCAAUACCCGGACCUCAAGGACCUCCAGGAGAAAAAGGAGAAAAAGGUGAUCCAGGCGAAGUAGAUCUUACAAAUGAUCAGUCAAUUUCAGUUAUUAAACAAGCCAUUCACGAUUUUAUAUUACAACCAGAAAUUCAAAAACAAUUUCGCGGUCCUAAAGGUGAUCCAGGUGAAUGUUCAUGUUUAAGUGAUGCAGCAGAUAAUUCUUCACCGAAAAAAUAUUCAAAUAAUGAAUUAAAUAAUUUUAAAAAUAAUCAUAAUACUAAUAGUAAUAAUAAUGGUGAAAUUUCAGGUUAUGGUGCAAUGGUCUUGAAUACUGAAAUGGAUUUAAGUAAAGUAUCACAUACUUUUCCUGUUGGUACAAUGGCUUAUAUUAGAGAAGCGGAUACAUUUUAUUUAAAAACAAUAGAACAAACGAACACAUGGCGUGUAAUAAAUUUGCUGUCGAAAGCAGAUGCAAUUAAUUUACCAAUUCCAAAACCAACACCAGCUCCUGUAUUUGAACCACAAUAUUAUCCAGUUCAUAAAGGGAAAAAGCUUUAUUUAAUUGCACAAAAUGAACCAUUACGUGGUGAUUUGAAAUACAAUGAUCGAAUAACUGGGGCACAUGCUGGUUCAAUUUUCGCGUGUCAACGUGCAGCAAAUCUUAAAGGUCUCGGAAGAGCAUUCUAUCCACUACUCAGUACAGAUAUGUUCAAUAUGGAUUAUGUUGUACCGCCAACAUAUAGAUAUGGUGUUCCUUUGGUUAAUUUAUAUGGUGAAAUUCUCUUUGAUGAUUUUAUGAGUCUUGUUGAAGGACGUUCAAAGCCACAAGCGAAAUUAUUGAAUUUUGAUGGUGUUGAUAUAACAGAUGAUAUUGUUGCACCAUGUUUAUGGAUUGGUCAAAAACCAAUUUAUUUAAAUGGUGAUUAUGAAUAUGCAGCUCAGUCAAAAUGUCGUAAUUGGCAGUCAACUUAUCCAGGUGAAAACGGAUUAGCUGUGUCUUUACCGAUUGUUGACAAUGCACCAGGUUUAUUUUCGAAACAAAAUUUUAAAUUAAUAUCAUGUUCGAAAUUUUGUCGAAUGUUAUGCAUACAAAUCACACCAGCUAAUACGUAAUCAAUCAUAAUUAUUAUGAUGAUCAAUAUUCGAUAUACGUAUCUGUAUACACUUAUUCCUGUUCUGCAUCCAUACAUUUUUAUCGAUUUAUAUAUAUAUAUAUAUAUAUACCGCUACUAAGUAAAUUAAACGUUUGUCAAUUUAAUGAGAUUUUCAAAAUAUUCAACAACUGAAAACAGGUACAUAGUUGUUUGUUAUUCUUCUGAAUUUAUUCACUAUUCAAUACGAAACGGUACUACUCUUUUUUCAGUACAUACUAAUAUAACUUAUUGAUUCCUUCAUCAUAAUUAAACAUUUUCGAGUUUGUCGAUUUUGAUUUCAAUGUUGAAAUUCAACAGUCAAGCAUUUAUAUUCUCUCAUUUAUUGAAAAAAAAAAUAAUAAGAAACCGAUUGUUCUUUUUUGUCAAAAAACUAUCUGUCUAUCUAUCUAACUAUCUAUCGUUUUUGACACCUAAAUCCAAUUUUUGCAUAUACGUACUACAAAAAAACAACGGUUUUGAAUUUCAUUUGAGUUUUUCACCAACGCACCAAUACAUACAUACACAGAUACACAUGAAGCACGAUUUAUGAUUUUAAUGAUUUAAUAUUUCUAUCAUUAUUAUUGUUAUCAUUAUUACUCCAUUUGUCGGUCUUUGGUUCAAAAUUUUGUGGUAUAAUUUUUUUCCUCAUCUGCAUGAAUCACUAUUUCUAUGCAUCCAACUGAGGAAUUAAUAAAUAACUUUUGUGCAGUUAAUUUUGUGUGAAAGUGAAGCAGAAUUAGCUGGUCACUUUACAUUGGUUUUGUUACUUACUCAUAUUAAUUGUGUGCAGAAUUUGUGUUGGAACAGUUAAAAAUGUAAUGCACUAGAAAAAUGGAAAUAUAUACAUACAUUUUAUACUUGAUAUAAA